AUGAACUGGGCCGCGUGCACGAGGUUAGCUGCCACCAGUUCUGGCGACAUGUUGUCAGCCAAACUGUCUCAAAUGUCCUUGAAAGGCUCUUCGCUUUUCAUGGUGUUGGUGGGCGCAACAGGAGCACUUGUGACGAAUGCAAGGUCUUCCAAGAUUCCCAUUGCUGCAAAGAGCUUGACUGCUGCCAGGCGUGGUGACAGGCUGGAACCGAUGCAGAAGUCAUCACUGUCCCAGCCAUCUGUGUCGCAUGCAGACUGUUCCUCAGCAUCCUCCUGUGACAACUUAUCAUCAAUCUGCUUCUACUCCGAGAUCUCUAUGAGGGUUGGGUGGUCGCUGUGCCUCUGCUUCCAAGGGUUGCUUUGCUGCCAUCAUGGCUGCCAUCGCUUCAGCAUCCUCUCGCGAAAGUUGUAUGUCCGUGAACUUCUGCGAGGUCUCCUCCAUGAGCGUUGUCAUAAAGGCAUCCGGUGA